AUGAAAAUCGACAGUCCGCCACCACUAAUAAUCAUAUUACUACUCACAAACUUCCUUGCCACAUCUGUAUGGGCCUUUCCCGUUCUACAAGGAUCAACAAAACCACCAGGGUUUCUCUCCAUCGUGGUACAAUCUCCAGUAGAAGGAGAUAAAUAUAAUAUCGGUUCGACUCGGAUUGUUAAAUGGAAAAGUUCCUUGCCGGUUGAUACUGAAGUCGUGAUUGAAAUACUAGCAUCCCCUGUAUUUGAUUUUAGCCCACCAGAAAUGGUUUGGAAAACAACUGCAAGAGUAAGCGAUGGUCAAGUCAAAUUUGUAGUUGGCUAUUGGUCAUAUUUAAAUUUAUUUUUUGUAAAAGUUUAUACUCAAGGUCACCCCUGGAUAUGUGGUACUUCAAGUCAUUUUACCAUUUUUUCUUUACCUAUUUCUACCUGA